GGGUUGGUAAAACCCACAACCCAAUGCCAGCAAGGAGAACAAUUCAUCAAUCUGUCCCGCUUCAGUGUAUUCUCAAGCAUAAUGAGGGAAAGGUGGUGUUUCGCAGUGGAUCGGUUCGUUUUGGUUGCGCUAGUAGCGGGAUGUUUGCUGGUAGCGGUCGCUGCACAGGCAGACUACAUCCAACAAGAGCAAUGUGUUACCGCCAGCAGCAGGGCAGGCUACUGUAGGACGAAGGCAGAAUGUCCCGAUCAGGAGCAAGUGGAUCUACGGGCGGCAACUUGCAGCGAUGCUACGCAUUACUGUUGUCCGGACCGGAGCGAGCAGCUGCCGUCGAGGAACAGACCGAAGCUGCUCACCCAGUGCGACAGUAACAGAGGGUACUGCGUAAAAGGUGACGCGUGCAGCGUGCGUACCUUCCGCCUGCGUUCGAACAGAUGUCCUGCGUACGAGGAGGUUUGCUGUCCGAAAAGUGCCUUUCCGGAGGAGUUUCACGCGACGCAGGUAGCGAAACACGACCUAUCGAUAGGUGCGACAACCAGUACUACUUCUACUACGACUACUACUACGACUACAACAACAACUACUACUACUACCACUACUACUACUACUACUCCAAAUCCUGUUGGUGAAUCAGAUCAAAUCUUGGAGAUACAAGCAAGCACUACACCCGUGUCGGCUACUACUGCAAAUUCAUUGGGAACAUCACUCGAUGCAAAGAGCAGUGAAGGCACUGGAGCCUCCGAACCUACUAAACUCCCGAUUCCCCUUCGUCCGAUCACUCCCGAUCAACAGACGGUGGAGUCUACCGAUGUGAACAAUGCCACCGAUUCUAUCGAGAAAUCGGCAAAACCCACUACCAACACCUCGGAUGCGCAACUCGAACUCACCUCAUCUUCCGAAUCCAACGACAUCGUUACAUCAAUAAUCGAUACUGCGUUAGUGGAUGAUAAUUCUCUGCAAGAAACGGACACAACCACCUUCCCUGUCAUACCACCAAACGCCGCCGACCCACCGCAAACUACUGCCCUAAUGGGUCAAUUCACCCCGGAAAGCUUCUCCUACCAGGAAUGCGGCCAGCUCAAUCUGAACGGUGUCGUGGAACGUAUGAUCAAUGAAGAUUUUCGUGCAGAAUAUGGCGAGUUCCCGUGGAUGGUGGCACUGUUCCAGCUGCCGGAGCAGCGCUACUGCUGCAAUGGGGCACUGAUCGACCCGAAAGCCAUCCUAACAACGGCACACUGUGUGACGAACUGUGGUGUCCGUGCGGCCAACAUUAUGGUACGGUUCGGUGAGUGGAACAUGAGCUCGACGCAUGAAAUGGCAAUUCCACGUGAGGAUAUUGGAGUGAAAAGCGUUCACCAACAUCCCCGGUACAGCCCUUCUGCCCUUCUUAACAACAUUGCCGUGCUGGAGCUAGCCCAUCCGGUACAAUAUCAAGCGACGAUACAACCAGUGUGUCUGCCGUCGACCAACCAACCGCUUCGGGCGAUGGAGAACAUGAUCGCCACAGGCUGGGGCAGAGUGAUGGAAGAGAACGCACCACUGACGCAGAUAUUGAAACGGCUCGAUCUACAGCGCAUGGAACCGAGCAUUUGUCGGGAGGCGCUGAGACGGGUGCGACGACCGUAUCCCUUCAUACUGGACAGCAGCUUCGUAUGCAGCACCACCAAUCAUGGCGAUCAGGAAAGACCUUGUGAUGGAGAUGCCGGUGCUCCGGUUGUGGUGGAACUACCCGGCACGACCAAUCGAUACUACCUGCACGGGUUGGUAUCGUGGGGAUAUGGUUGCCAUCAGAAGCAGAUACCUUAUACUGUGCUGACAAAGGUGGUCCAUUUCCGAGAGUGGAUCGAUCGUAUCGUUUCAGGCUUUAAAAAGAAGGUCAAAAAGGGACACUCCAAACAGCGUGAGUAGUGUCGUUCUCGUGAUGGUGGAACAUUCUUUCCAAGUUAUUUGUGCUCAACUUCAAUAAAAACGUACAACAUUUUCCAAAAACA